AUGGGUUUCGCUGGGUAUAUUCGUCUGUUUGAUUUACUUCAUUGCGUUCAUGUACAGUUUACCCAUGUAGUGGACGAAGUGAAGAGAAUCGAAAAUGCCUCAUCUCGUUUCAGCUUUCUAAAUCUUCUUCGAUGGACAUGUCAAGUCACGAUUUCGCCAUUUUCACUGUUUGAUACUUUGCAACAUGGAGAGAAACAUGGAGUUAUUUUAUGUGCAUGUGGUUCUCGCUUUCAUGGAUUACUGCAGUGUAUUCAACUCUCAGAGAUUAAUUUUGGUCUUAGAAUAGGCAUUCAUUUAGUCUUAAAAGGUGGUUGCUUGUGUUUGGGCAAAUCAGUUCAACAGAUACUAGUGACCUUUGUGCUCGCAAAUUUUCAAUGGUUUUACAUUCUUAGUUCUGGAAACGAUGGAUGCGUCUAUCUACGUGUUGAUAGCGGUGACCUUCUACUAUGGAAUCAUCAUGCUUGGACCUUAAAAAAGGGAGGUAAAUCGGAUGAUGACAACAGCGAUUUAGGUGACGAUGCUAGUGUUGGAAACAUCAUCAGAGCUACUCAGCAGAUCAGAAUUGGUCAAAUUAAUUCGUCUUUUGGUGUUCUUUUAGCUGACAUAAAUCCAAUUAACGAAAUGCAGGUGACUUUGUCUUCAGAGACCCUAGCAUAUGCUAUCAUGUUCUGCUUCCCCCGUGUCUUCAUUACUACAACACAUCUGCAUGACAUAAAACCUCAGAUAUUCCGUCAACUUAUAGAAUUAUAUGCGGCAAUUAGUUUCGCUUGCAUUACUGUCUUUAAAGUGCCUGAAGCAACUGUUGAAGGAAAAGCCUUCAUUGGGAAUUUUGCCACUCUGCAAAGUGGGCAGAAUGAAACUUGUGAAAAAAUAGAUGAGAAAAAUAAAACGCUGCUAAUGGACCUGGAAAACAACACCACUGUGAAUAAGCUAUUCAUCACGAUAAAUCCAACACUGCGUCUUUUUCAACACGCCUUCACUAUUAUUCUUAAAAAACUGCACUCAUUUCACCUCUGUUCUUAUUUGCUCAACGCUGAUGCACGAACUGAUCUUUUAUGCCCAUUAAAUGAAUUAAAUAACGCUUGUUUUCCAACAGCAACAGAGCCACAACCAACUGAGCUAGACUUACAAAAGAAUAGGGGAGAUAAUGAGCACAAAACAUUUGUAAUUGCUUUUACGUUGGCAACGCUAUAA